GCCACCUCCCCUCCACCGGGCGGGCCCGGGCUGGGCAACGCUUGACGGGGACCGAGGUUCGCCGCGCAUGCGCAGCACCGGGAAGGCACCGCCCGGGACGGCCGCUGCGGCCGAGUGCGUGGAAGGUGGGGCGCUGGCGAGCUGGACCACUUCCGGACUUUAGGUAGAAGUUUCCGUGCAGCUGGCUCCCAAGAGGAGGGCUCGGGGCUGCAGAUGGAGGAACUGAGUUACACGGACAUUAAAGAACGUGCCUAAUGUUACACAGCUAAUAAGUGGUGGCAUCAGAUUUGAAGCCAAGCAUACAUUGUGGAAUAUGAUUAACUCUUUCAGAAAGACACCUUGCCAAUGGACCUUGUGGGUUUUGGUUAUGCGGCUCUUGUGAUAUUCGGAAGUAUUUGGGGAUAUAAGCGGAGAGGUGGUGUUCCAUCUUUGAUUGCUGGUCUUUCUGUUGGAUUUUUGGCUGGCUAUGGAGCUUACCGUGUCUCCAAUGACAGGCGAGAUGUUAAAGUAUCUCUGUUUACAGCUUUCUUUCUGGCCACUAUAAUGGGUGUGAGGUUUAAGAGAUCAAAGAAAAUAAUGCCGGCAGGGCUGAUUGCAGGCUUAAGCCUCAUGAUGAUUCUGAGACUUGUCUUACUGCUGCUCUGAGAAUCCAGAGGAACUGAAAGCUAAAUUCAUGUCAUUCUACACUAAGGGGCAGAACAUACUCUUGGAACUCAGAAGAUAAAUUUCAGUAUGGAAUGUUAAGUGUCUUAUUUAAUAUCAGAAACAGAAGAAACACUGUUACCUCUAAUGUAAACACCAGUCUGAGGUGGUGGUGUUUUCGGGGUUUUUUUUGACAAAAAAUUUUUUUCUAAUUGUCUGGUACUGUUUUCAUUAAAGAUAUUUAAUAAAUUGUGAUACAUUCAUUUAUUUGCUAUGUUUAAUCUUGUCUAUGUGGUGUUUUUGAACAAUCUCAAUUACCAUCUGAAGUAAGUGAAAAUGAAACCACAGCAUAUCAGGUAAAUGGAAUGCCCUAAUUGGACUUCUCAGAAUGCUAAUGUAUCUAUAUGUCAUUUGUACUCUACUAGAAAUUAUGUCUUUCCAUUAUAAUUG